AUGUCCAAUAUCCUAUCAGUGUUUAACCCACCCCCACCACGAGAUAUACCCGAGAAAGAAUAUAUAUAUUGUUUACCAUGUACCGCCAUCCAAGCAGCAGUUGGAUUAGGUCUCGGAUUUGUGCUUCGUUCACCAAAUCAAUUCAAGGAUCCAGUUACAGGGAAAAUAGAUCUUGUGAAGAACCCCCUUUGGUGGCAGCGGUCGGUCAGAAGUGCAGGAUUUAUACUUUUGGCAUUGGGGGCUUAUCGUGCUGGUGAAGUUGUAAAAGCCGUAUUUCAAAAGAAGUUUUGA